AUUUACUUCAUAUACAAUACAACUAGGAAGUCACAUAUACAUACAGACCCUUCUCUUCUCUCUCUCCCUCUCUCCUCUCUUCCAUUUCACCUUCCUUUUCACAUCCAUUUAUGAGAUUCCUUUAAUGGUCUUUUCUCUUCCAUUGGAUUGUACAGAUUCUCAGCUAGAAAAAAAACCCAUCUCAAUCUUUCAUUUCUUGUUGAUUUUUUAGGCUGUUUUUCUGAGAUUUUUUUUUCUGGGACUAAAAGACAUAGGACUCUUCUGGGUCUCUUGGCGUUUGCUUUAUUCUGCAGACUCUUCCUAUGGGUUUGCUAUAGAAAAAGCUUUCAUACCCAGUUGUAUAUGCCAUAAAAGGGUUCAAGAGAAUAAUUAUAUUUGCUUAAAUUUUGAUAUAUUUUUUUUCCUCACUACUUUUUUUUUGGGGGUCAAUAAAUUAAUUUUUUUUCCUCCUUUAUAUAUACAUAUAUAUAUAUAUAAAUAUAAAUAUAUAUAUAUUUGACUCCCUCUUCGUUCUAUAAAAAUUUCUUUGAAUUUCUUCUCUUCACUUGUGGAAAAAAAAGAGGAUGGGUAAGCAAGGACCUUGCCAUCACUGUGGAGUUACAAGCACACCCCUUUGGCGUAAUGGACCUCCGGAGAAGCCAGUGCUAUGCAAUGCCUGUGGAUCCCGAUGGAGGACUAAGGGAACACUUGCAAAUUAUACCCCUCUUCAUGCACGGGCAGAGCCUGAUGAUUUCGAAGAUCACAGAAUUGCCAAGGUUAAGAGCAUAUCUAUAAUCAAGAACAAAGAGGUGAAACUACUUAAAAGAAAGCAGAACUAUGAUAGUAUGGUGGUUGGUGGGGUCGCAACUGAUUACAACCAGGGUUUUCGUAAGGUAAUGGAAGAAGAUGCAAGUAAUAGAUCAAGUUCUGGUUCUGCCAUAUCUAACUCUGAGAGCUGUGCACAAUUUGGCGGAGGAGAUGCAAGCGAUUUGACAGGUCCAGCUCAGUCAAAUGUGUGGGACACUACAGUACCUUCUAGGAAAAGGACAUGCGUUGUUCGUCCAAAACAAUCUCCUGUCGAGAAGCUGACGAAGGAUCUUUAUAGCAUUUUACAAGAGCAACAGUCUUCGUACUUCUCUGGUUCUUCUGAAGAAGAUCUUCUUUUUGAGAGUGAAACACCAAUGGUUUCUGUUGAGAUAGGACAUGGAAGCGUCCUAAUUAGGCAUCCCAAUGCAAUAACUAGAGAAGAGGAAUCUGAAGCUAGCUCACUUUCAUUUGAUAACAAAAAUUCUCAUAGUAAUGAGGCUUAUUCUCAUUCCACAAACCUUCAUGAUAGCAAGGGCAUUACUUUCAUUGGGUCUGGAAGUGAGAAGAUUAACUUUGCUGGACAUGGGAUGGAGCAAGAACAGCUUAAAAGGGAAAAGUCUCAGCAUGAAAUCUUCCAAAUGUUGGGAAGCCAUAAUUCACCUUUGCGUCAAAUAGAUUUAAAUGAUGCUGUGGAUUUUGAGGAGUUCCGAAGACACUUAACAAGUGAUGAGCAACAACAAUUACUGAAGUAUCUUCCUUCAAUUGAUGUUGCCAAAUUUCCUGAUAGCCUUAAAAGCUUGUUUGAGAGCCCUCAGUUUAGGGAGAACAUGACAUCCUUUCAGCAACUGCUUGCGGAAGGGAUCUUUGAUAUGUCCUUCUCAGGGGCAAAACCUGAAGAUUGUAAAACUUUGAAAAAGCUUGUGUUAAAUAAUUUUUCAAAAUCUAAAUGGGUUGAACACUUGCAACUGCUUAAGAAUUCUAAAAAUAGCUCUAGAGGGUCUUCAAUAUCUGGACCCAAUGUUGCAGCAUCAAGUAACAAGAGACCACAAGACAACCAAAAUAAAAAAUUUCCAGAAGUAAAGAUAGUGAUGAAGAGCCCCAAAAGGGUGAUAAUGAAGGGUGGCUAUGAUAAGAAAGAAAUCAUCGACAACGACGGUUCUUGCUUUAGCCCAAGAAGCUUAUUUGCUACGUCACCCGAUGGUAGCUCUUUCUUGCUUGACCCAAUCAAUUUUGUUGAAGAAAGUUCUGAUCAGGACUUGCUGUUGGAUGUGCCAUCCAAUGGCUCUUUUGCGCAAGCAGAGCUUCUUCUACCAACAAUAAGUUUUGGCUCCCAACAAGCAAGCACUAGUAGUAGCUCCAUAUCCCCGCAUCAUCAUGCCCAUCCCUGAGAAGACCAACGAAUGCAGCAUCGAUCCGUAGGACUAUAUAGGUAUGCCUUAUGCCAGGAACAUGACUGCGUUUCACCUAUUUUGUUUGGUAGACACAGAAAAACAUAAAAACAAAAAAGAAAAAGUCUGUGAAUGAGGUUUGAUGGUUGCUCUUCUUUUCCCUUGACCUUUUUGAACUUGGAAUUCAAGGGGAUGAAUUUGGGUGGGUUUUGUUGUAUAGGUUGACAACAGGUUGUAAUAUAUAGUUCAUAAUGCACAAGUGGUAAAUUCUAGGUUUUUGUAUGAAUUGCAUAUUCUUAGUCUUGUGAAGAAAGGGGCUUGGUUUUCAAUAUUCA